AUCAAUCAGUUUAUGGUUUUGAAAGGGUAACCCAUUUGCUUUGAGACCCACAGCCUAAACUAUACUACCUGUGCCUUUUUCUGUCCCCACAGUAACCACCAAAAUGGAGAAAUUAAAGAAUAAGCUCUCCGUCAUUCAACAGAAAGUUCAGCGUUUCCGCCAGCAGCAGUUCACUUUCAUCACUGCUCUGGAGCGCACACGGGAACGGGCCCAGCAGAGGACAAAGCCCAUCUCGAGUAUUGCUCAGGUGCAAUGCUGCUUAGACGAGUACUGUCAGAACGCCACGGACCGCCGUGUUCUCUCGCUCUUUCUGGAGAUUGUACACGACCUCAAUGGGCUUCUUCAGCAAACUGAAAACCAGUUUACUGCUGCCAGCAACCAGCAAAUUGAGAGCCUGGAGGAGUGCAAGAGGCUUCUGAACCCCAACAAUGAUCUAAGUCGCCUAAGAGCCAGAUACCCACAUGAUGAGGUGAACCGCCUAAGCUGCGAUGAGGCCCGAAAUUAUUAUGGAGGAGUGGUAAGCUUGAUUCCCAUCAUCCUGGAUCACCUUCAGCAGGGCCUGUUGGCUGCCGAGCGCCUUCAGAGAACAGCAAAGCCAGUUGUGGAAGGAGGCAAUGAGGUGUCCUCAGAGAACCCAGACGCCGUCGCACCAGCAUCCACGCCAAGGUCUCGAAGUGGCCGUGUCCUGAAGAAGACAACUGGAACUCAGUCAUUGCUGCACUGUAACCUGCACAAGCCAAAUGGCCACUCAGAGCUUUGGCAUGGUGGCAAACCAGCAUGGAGACCACCUGGUCGCACUAACAAAUUCUGACAUUGGCUUUUCAGCUGCUGAUGUUCAGUCAUUGAUUUAUAUGAAGGCUUACCUCUUAAUCAUUGUCUUACAACACCGAACAACAAAAUUAUUUAAAAAAAAAAAAAAAAAAAAAAAUUUUGCUUCCUGAAAAAUCUUUGGCGAUUACGAUAGCUUCAAGCAGAAGACAAUUUCAGAUUGACUGUAUGACAAAGGAAUUUGGAGAAACAGGAAAUUAACUUGUACUGAAUUUAGUGUGUUUAACCACUUAAUGAUGCUACCACGUUGCAUCAGUUCAACUAAGCUCAAAAUGUUUUUGUCACAGUCCAACAUUUGUUGGCCAGCAUUGAUGGGAAUCCACUUUCCCAUCGUUGCCAUGUCCUGGUGAAAUCUAUCACCAUGUACAGUACUUUCCUGUUGAUGCUGGUGCACUCAGUGACACAGUCCAUGCGUGAAUACAGAAUGACGCAUCUUUAGCACCAUGUUGCACUUCAUUUUUUCGUAUGAUUGAAACAGUCAACCAUUUGCCAAGAAAAUCCUUAAAUACAUACUUGAAUGCCUCCCAUACGAUUUCCACUGGCCCCACCAGAAGACCUUCCACUGGUCUGAUUUGUAUACCAACAAAAAUGCCGUGGUCUCAGUUAAUUGAGGCAACAUCUGUGCCAAGUAUUGAAAUCCUUCACCUUUCUUCACUUCCAUCAAAUUUUGCAUCAGUCUAGGUUUUGUAAGUAAAAAUACCUUUUUUUGCUCAACUGUUUUAUGCGCCCCUUUUUUCUGCUGUGGUCAACCAGUUCUUUUUAAUGUAAUGAGACUCUUUGGCUCAUCCGUCACAUUUGCAGUACUUGGUAUAACUAAGCUGCAGUGCCAACACUUUAAGAUGGGUACAGAUGUUCCCAGUUGUAGUUAUUGUAUUCUAACAAGAUGAGGGGAAAUCACAAAAAAUGGCGAUAUAAUAAAACUCAUACAUUAUGACAAAAUCAAAGUGCGAGUUUUGUGAUCAGCAGGGCAAAUAUCCAUAGGAUAAACCCAAAAGUAUUCAGGAAGCAAAAUGUUGUCGUCCAGUCAAAUUGUAGCAAACACUUGGCUUAUCCACGUCAGCACUUCUAUCCAGCAUAAAGCACACAAUUCAAAUGGGCAUCACUUCAGUUCCUGGAGAGGAACUCUGGCUGAUGAUUCAGGGUUAUUCUGUCUAACACCCAAUGCUAGUAGCAAACUUCCUGUGAGGUUAGUGCCCUUGGUGAUGGAAAAAGUCUAAAGGCGACACCAGGGGUUAGACUGGUGUGAUAAGUGCAGUCUACAAAUUUCAUAAAAUCUAACAGCUUAACUACAUCAGACUAGGGAUAUUAUUGCAGAUUCAAAUUCACAUUUGUACAUAAUUGCCAAAUGAAAUGGUAAAUGCAGCUUACAAGCUCGAGUCAUUUGUUUUGGGACUUGCUCACAUAGUCCAGGGAUAAAA